AUGUCAAACAAACCUGUCGAUCCCCAGGUCAACGGCGAGUUGUUUCCGCCAUUCGAUAUCUCGGUAGCGAACUCGACACCCACGCAAACCCGAAUACCAGCCAUCUGGGCCGGCGGCUUAAUCAAGAGGAUAGGCGUUCCGCGAGCCAAUGAAGCAGUAUCGACCGAGGUGCCUGAUGGAGACAGGGACUACACGAGACGGUUCAAGGACUACACCGUCCUGCAGCAGCAUGUGCUGUUCUGGGACCGUGACAUGGACGGCCAGAUCUACCCGUGGGACACGUACAAUGGUUUCCGCGAGCUGGGCUUCAACAUAGUCUUCUCGCUGGUCAUGAUGUUUAUCAUCCACACGGGCUUUUCGUACCCCACGCGCCUUGCCUACUCGUGGGUGCCGGACCCGCUGUUCAGGGUAUACGUUGGCUCGAUACACAAGGCAAAGCACGGGUCGGACAGCGAGACGUACGACAGCGAGGGCCGCUUUCGGCCGCAACAGUUCGAAGACAUGUUUGCAAAGUACGACAAGAAGGGCGACGGCACGCUGACCCUGACGGAGCUGUUCCAGCUGAUGCACGGCAACCGCAACGCCGCGGAUCCCUUCGGAUGGGGUGCCGCAGUGACCGAGUUUGGCUCGCUUUGGCUGUUGAUACAGAAGGAUGGCAGGUGCUACAAGCAAGACGUCAGAGGGGUAUACGAUGGAUCGAUCUUCUGGCGCAUCCGGGAAGAGCGGGCCAAGGGCAACGGGUGGAACCAGGGCUGGGGCUUAAGUUAG